AUGCCAAACGGGUGGAUCAAGUUAUUACAAUGCAAAUCAAAGGCUUACGAGGAUGUCAGCAAACCUCUACUAGUGUCGAGCUACAGUUGUAGAAAGAGCUCACAUUACGUUAAAGACGUGAUCGAUGCCCGAAUAGGUAAGAAAAACCCGAAACCCGACCCGAAUUUAAGGCGUUUGAAGUCUUGUCGAACCGAAUCGGAGCUUAGCCCGCCUACCCGGACCCGACGGAGCAAAUCUGCCCGAACAUCAGACGCGCUGACCGAGCUUCCCGAUGGUCAUCCGUCGAGGAACGUAGUGGAGAUUAUAUUCCAAUCUAGCUGGAGCUCCGAUGAAUUUCCGGGUCGGAUUGAGAUGAUUUUUAAAGUGGAAAACGAGUCGAGGACUGUGACCCGGUUCGAGGAGUACAGAGAAAUAGUGAAGUCACGUGCGGGUGUAAACGGAGACAGAGUCGGCACGUGCGAAGAAGACGCACGGUGUUUGGCCGACGGUAACGAGAUGAUGAGGUUUUAUCCACUCCCGGACGGGAUCGACGGCGGCGCAUGGGCUUUCUCCGGAGGGAAAGGUCAGGCUGUGUGUACGUUUUCGGGUAGCGGUGAAGCGCACGCGAGCGGAGGAAAUGGCGGUGGGAGGAGGGCAAUGCUGAUUUGUCGGGUGAUAGCGGGUCGGAUCGCUAAUAGAAUUGGGUUUGGGUCGGACUCAGUAGCGGGUCGUGACGGCGAGUUGUAUGUCUUUGAUACACGAGCGGUGUUGCCCUGCUUCCUAAUCAUUUUUGUAUUGUAA